AUGUCAAUCCUUCCGCUAACUAAGGUAAAAAUAGGGGUUUUACUAUGUGAACAGCGACCCCGAGAGGCAAUUGAUCGUGAAAAGGAGCUGAAUUUGUAUAGGAGUAGGUCGGCUCCUCCUACUGUUGAGGGUUCACCGAGCGUCGUUGGUGGGUUGUUUAACCAUGGUGGUGUUGUUGGUGGCAACAGUGACAAUAGCUCUGCCUUUGCUAAGUAUGCAAUAAAUAAGAGUGGUAAUGGUUUCAUGUUAGAGGAGGAGCUUAGGUCUGAUCUUGCAUAUUAUCUUACUAUUACUCGAAUGUCAAUCCGAACCCAAGGUUACCACCUCCUUUGUUGUCCAAGGAGGAUUGGCGGUUUACAUAGAGGUUACAAGGAGAGAAUUCGAUGA